AUGCAACACAACAAAGGCGCCUCUCGCGCCAUUGCGCGACUCCCUUUCGAAUCUCAUCGGACUCAACUUCCGACACUCUUCUACCUCUUCUCCUUCUGCCCAUCCGUACCGUCCCCUUUCACAGCACCGCGCGCAUUCUUAAGACAUCCAGGCGUCCUCUAUGCCAUCGGUUUCGUUGCAGCGCUCUUGGCAGGAUGUGGUAUGCCCGCUCUCGACCUGCUCUACGGUAUUUAUACCAACAGAGUAACGACAAGUGCAGCUAGUCCACAGUCCAUCCGCGACGCUGCUUCCUACAUCGGCUGGGUCUGUACAAUUGUCGGCUUCGGCGAAUUCUUCUUAGCUUGGCUCUUCCUUACGUGCUUCUCCUCCGCCUCGCAUGAUCUCACACAGCGCCUCCGACACUCCUACGUCGCGUCGGUCUUGGCUCAGGAUGCAUCUCAUUUUGACCUCCACGGUGCUGGUGAGAUCGCAAAUCGCGCCAGCAAGGACAUCUCGGUCAUCCGCGCUGGCUUUGGCGAAAAGCUCGGCUACUUUUGUUGGUCCGGUGCCACCUUGCUCGUCGCCGCUAUCGUUGGUUUCACCAAAGCGCCCAGGGUCGCCGGUGUCCUUUUUGCUCUUCUUCCUCUCACCAUGAUCAUCUUUGCUGUUCUUGGCAAAGCAACCGAGGUCGUUGGAGCCCCCGCCCUCCGUAUCGAGGCUCGAUCCUCUACCUUCCUCGAACAGGUUCUCGGCUCGGUCCGCGUAGUUCAGUCUUUCGGAAUGGAUGCACAGCUGCUUAGACACUUUGACAGGGUCAUGCUCAAGCCGCUCGAAAAGCUUGGCAUGCGCAAAUCGGCGAUCCGAGGUCUCGAGACCAGUGCAGUCUACUUUAUGCUCAACCUCACCUACUCCCUUGCUUUCUGGUGGGGUGCCAUCAACGUUGUCAAUGGCAAUGUUCUCGUUGGCGACCUGCUCACUACCUUUUGGAACUACUUCAACUCGUUGUUCGCCCUCGCCAACAUCGUGCCCCAUAUUGCUAGCAUCUUUGAUGCAUGGACUGCUCUCAAGCAAGUCAGGAAGGCAAUCGAGCGCGAGCCCAAAAUCGACAUUCGCCAGGAACACGGCAUCGUUCCUGCUUCCGAGGCGAAAGGUUGGUCCCCGAGCUUCGAACUUGAUCAUGUCACCUUCUCGUAUCCUUCCAGGGCCAACGUCGCCAGUCUUAAGGACGUCUCCAUCUUCUUCCAGCCUGGCAAGGUCACCGCCCUCGUUGGUCCCUCGGGCUCCGGCAAGUCCACCAUCACUAGCCUUUUGCUUCGUGAGUAUGACCCCGAGACUGCCAACAUCCCUCAUCCUCACGAUGCCGAUGAUGAGGUCGCAGCCAGGGACGACAAAGCCGCCGACGCUGCGGAAGGACAGGCGAGCGAAAAGAAAAGGUCGGUCCCAUUCUUCUCGAGAAAACGCUCAGCGAAGAAUUCGACGGUCAGCGAGGACACAGAAAAGUCCGUCCCUAGUGCCGACGUCAAGGGUCGGAUUCAGGGCUCAGGCAUGGUUCGUUUCGCUGGCCAUGAUGUUCGCGACCUCAACACUCGAUGGUUGCGAUCGCAGAUUGCUAUCGUGCAGCAGCACCCACAGCUCUUCACAGCCUCUGUUUUUGAGAACGUUGCGACCGGACUCACAGGCACCGAAUGGGAGUACCUUCCGGAUGUUGACGGCGAUCCAAGCGCACCUGAACAUGAUGCUGCUCGAACUGCCGCUAUCCGCAACAAGGUUAUGCGUGCCCUACAGAAAGCAGAGGCCUGGCACUUUGUUUCCAGGCUUCCACAAGGCAUGGACACCCCCGUUUCUGGUGGUCGUACUGGUCUGCUCUCAGGAGGGCAGCGUCAGCGUGUCGCCAUCGCUCGCGCUCUUGUUCGAGAGCCUCGUCUGCUGUGCCUGGACGAAGGCACCUCGGCCUUGGACUCGGACACCGAGAGCAAGAUCAAACUUGCAUUGCAGAGAGAGCAGGAAGAGCGCGGCAUGACCACCAUCCUCAUUGCCCAUCGUCUUAGCACCAUUGAGCACGCUGACAGCAUUGUCGUGCUCAAGAACGGACGAGUCGUCGAGCAAGGCAACCACGAGUCGUUGAUGCAGAGCAGGGCAUGUGCCGAAAGAGGUCUCUAUCGCAGCAUGGUCAUGCAGCAAAGACACCUCGCUGAAUACGAGGCUGAUAAUGGUGACGACGACUCAGACUUCAAGAAAGUAGAGAAGCACCUCACCAUUGACGGAAAGAAGGCAUCUGGCGACUCGUCGGUCGCCCUCCCUGACGAGUCAGAGAAGAACAACAAGCUCGAGCCCGAAGAUCGGGCUAGGUCCAUGUACGCGCUAUCAGACGAUACGAGGACUAGGGUCGACUGUACCUCGACCAGUGGUUCCGCAUCUAUUGUUCCGGAAGCGCCUCUUUCUCGUCAUGAUGCUCACCCUGCCCUCGACACGCGUCUGCACCGAAGCAGCCGCGCCUCAGACAACCCGCACCGUGCCUUCUCAGGGCGCACAGGCACCGCAUUGGGCCUUCACGAGCCUGCCCAAGAAGCGACCUUGGGCAUCAAGGAUGCGCAGCUUACCGUUCCUUCUCCAGCUGCUGCAGCACAAUAUGUCAAGGCCGACAGCGAAGACGCAAAAAGCCUGCCAAGAGACGAGGGAGAAAGCGGACGUCGUAGCAAGAUAGAACGAAGGGAAGAGAAGCGUCGCCUCCGCAAAACUUUCCUUCGAUACGUCAACGACCAAAAGCUCUGGUUCUGCAUUGGUGUCGUUGGUGCCGCUGCGACUGGUGCCAGUUUCCCGGUCGCCGGGUGGCUGACGGGAAACGCAGUCAACUCGCUUUCGAUCGAAGGCGACAACGCGAGGCUCCAGAGCGAAACCAACCGCUGGGCCCUCUGGUUCCUCACCUUGGCCUUGGCUGAUCUAGUCAUCGUCCUGAUAGGAAGCUUCUUCCUCGAAACUGCCUCCGAGCAUGUCAUGAGGAAACUUAAGAAAGAUGGCUUCUCCUCGCUGAUCCGACAGGAAAUCGGCUUUUUCGAUGCCGAGGAGCACGCCAGUGGUGCCAUGAGUGCGGCUGUCUCUAGUCAUCCCGCCAACGUCGCAGCAGCCACCGGUUUGGUUUUGGCACAGGUUAUUAUUGGUAUCGUCAACCUCAUUGGCUCUGUCAUUCUUGGUCUCGUGCUCUCUUGGAAGACAUCGGUGGUUUGUCUCGCUCCUGUCUUCGUGCUCUUCCUCUCUGGCUGGCUCAACAUUGCCAUGCUCGAAAAGUACGAAGCUGUGGCCCAGAAACCAGCUGACCGUGCUGCCUCGUACGUCUCCGAAAAUGUGGACGCUAUCAAGACGGUCGCUGCACUGGGUCGAGAAGCAGAGACGAUGCGAAUUUUUGAUGAACGUGCUCGCGCCGAUCCCAAGCGCACGGGAUACCUCAUCUUUGGGGCAGGCGGCUUCGCCGUUUCUCAGGCUAUGGUCCUGUUGCUCUCUGCCCUGGUCUUCUACUGGGGCGGUACUCUCCUUAGCAAGAACGAGGUUAGUAUCACCGCGCUCUAUGCGUCUUUCGAGGCUGUCGUUAUUGCUGCUUUCUCCGCUGGUCGCCUCUUUACAUUUGUGCCCGAUUAUGGACGCGCCUCCAAUUCGUUCAAGACCAUCUCCGGCUGGAUCAAUCGCAAACCUUUGGUCGCCGAUCAAAGCGGUCUGCCCGAGCUCGACAAGUCCUCCCGAGCCAAAGUGCUCGAUGGCAGCUAUGCGUCGGGAGACAUCACGCUCAGCUCCAUCGAGCUCCGCUACCCUCAGAGACCCAACCAUCCAGCGCUCAAGGAGCUCAGCAUCAUCAUCCCUGCCGGAAAGAGUGUUGCCUUCUGCGGUACCUCAGGCUCGGGAAAGAGCUCCAUUCUGGCUCUGCUACAGCGCUUCUACGACCCCUGUCAGGGAAGCAUUGAGUUUGGAGGUGUCGACGUGCGUCAGGUUCCAAUUCACCUUCUGCGUCAGCAAAUGGCUUACGUCUCCCAAGAUCCAAUCUUGUAUGAAGGCACCAUCCGCUGGAACCUCUCGCUUGGCUCCAACGAUCCCGACUCAGUCACACAGGAGCAGAUCGAAAAAGCUUGCGAGGACGCUUACAUCCUCGACUUUGUCCGUGGUCUUCCGAAUGGCUUCGACACCGAGAUUGGCUUCAAAGGCUCACAGCUUUCAGGAGGUCAGAAGCAGCGUCUUUGCAUCGCACGAGCGCUGUUGCGCGACCCCAAGAUCCUGCUCCUCGACGAAGCAACGUCGGCCCUCGACGCUGAUUCCGAAAUCCAGGUACAACGUGCGCUCGACCGUGCCGCCCUCAACAGGACCACCGUAACGAUAGCGCACAGAUUGAGCAGCCUAAGAAAAUGCGAUUGGAUCUUUGUGGUCGAAGAUGGCAAAAUCCGUGAGAGCGGCACGCACGCAGACCUCAUCGCCCGUGGCGGCAGAUAUCGCGAGCUCAUGGAGCAGCAACUCUAG